AUGCCGUCUCAAACACUAUCGCUGAGUGGAAACAGCUCCGAGUUAGAAUGUCAUUUUUUUCCAUCCAUAGAAGUGGGAGAUAAAUCAGAAAUCGGACUUCUAAGUAUGCAGACAUACAAUUCCAUUCCUAACGUCGAAACUGGAUACGUGAGUGGUGCAUAUGUAAACGAAUCGCCUAUUCGAGAAAUGUUUGUGUAUUCCUUUUUACUGUUUUCCACGAGUGCGUUGAAUAAUGGUGAUGAAAUCCGUAUAGCAAUUCAAAACCAAGAUGCACAUACGUUACCGAGCGAUAGUUUUAUCUAUAUUGAGGGUAAAAUAACAAAGCCCGAUGAACUUAAAACAGAAAUAAGUUUAGCGCACAACGGUCUAAUGAAUUUGUUUAACGAAAUGAAAUACGAAAUUAACUCUACCGAAGUACAACGGGUUAAAAAACCUGGGAUAACUAGCGCGAUGAAAGGAUAUUGUUCGUAUUCGCCUGCCGACGCGAAUAUCUUGCAAAACGCUGCCUGGGAUAUCACUGGUCACAAUGCUAAUUUCAUUAAAGACGGUUCGUUCAGUGGAUGUAUACCGUUAAAGCAUGUUUUCGGCUUCUGCGAGGACUACAAGCGAAUACUUGUGAAUUGUAGCCAACAGUUGAUAUUGAAUAGAUCGAUGUCGGAUUUGAGUUCGUUACAUUUUACUAGCGUGAUUGGAGGAGACAUGAACGCUGAGACGGUUAAGGCCUUGGUGAAAAAAGUCAAAGUACAACUGACAAAUUGGGAGCUUUACGAGUAUCCAAAUCUGCCGCAGACGAACAAACACUCUUGGAUGGUGAAAACAUGUUCGCAAGUAGAAAGACCUAGGUGUAUAAUAAUCGCUUUUCUCACGAAUUCACCCGGCACCGUAUCAGACGGUUAUAACGUUGAUUACGAUACAUGCUCGUUGACGAACGUUAAAGCAUAUAUUAAUUCGGUCGAAUACCCGUACGAAGAUUUCAACGUAAGUUUCGAUAAAAAUCUGUUCACAAUGUUCUAUCAAAAUUAUGCAGAUUUCCAAAAACAUUAUUACGAACGAUUUAACGCUCAACCGUGCCUGACGAGAGAAAAAUAUAAAGAGUUGGGUCCAUUUAUCUGCAUAGAUUGUUCACGCCAAAAUGAUGAUGCUAAAACUUCAAGCAUCGAUUUACGCGUUGAAAUAGAAGCAGCUAAUAAUUUCCCAGCCAAUACAGCCGCAUACUGCUUAAUCAUACACGAUCGCAUCGUUCAAACAAUCCGUUUACGGGAGAAGUGA